GGGCAGCAGGGGAAUCGUAGAGGCAGCAGAGCUCAUUGCAGCCUGCUAACCUGCUACAUCAUCAUUUCCAUGUAAACAACCCCGAAGGAUGUGAUUUUAAAGUUUUCUUUUCAAGGCACUCUACUCAGCGCUCACAAUGGCACAGCCGGCAGAGAAAGCGUAUUAUCGCUUUGUGGUGCUGUUCUUCAACUGCCUGCUGACAUUCGGCUCCUACUUCUGCUUUGACAUCCCCAGUGUUUUACAGGAUCAAUUUCAAGGGAACCUGACAUGUCCCAACACCACCGUGAUCAAUGGGACGGUGGACUGUGUGGAGGGACUCGGGAUGAGUCCUCAGCAGUACAAUCUUCUUUAUGCAAUAUACGCUUGGACGAAUGCAGUGGUGGUUGUCCUUGCUGGUUUCCUCAUUGAUAAGUUAGGAAAUCGCUUCGGAGUGUUUCUCUUCUCUUUUCUGUGUGUUUUGGGCUCGUCGCUCUUUGCUCUGGGGUCCCACUUCAAAGGAACUCCCUACCUGCUGCCGCUCAUGCUCACAGGCCGACUGCUGUUUGGAUCAGGGAACGGAUCUCUGACCAUCGUUCAGAAUCGCAUCACAGCGUUCUGGUUCAAAGGGAAGGAGCUGGCGUUGGCUUUUGGAGUGACCCUGGCGUUCUCACGCCUGGGUUCAGUCCUGAACUUCUUCUUCACUCAGAAAUUUGAGGAAAAAUAUGGCAUGCAGUGGACCCUCUGGGGUGGUGCUCUGUUGUGUGUACUGGGCUUCACAUCGGCCAUUAUUGUCAGCAUGUUGGACAAGAUUGGAAUGAAGCAGCUCGGUCUUGAUGGUACCAUCCAAGAGGAAUCCCGCAAAGUGAGGAUCCAGGAUGUGAAGCUCCUCUCGCUGAGAUAUUGGCUGUUAGUUCUCACCAUCAUGUUCUUCUACAAUGGCAUCUUCCCGUUCAUCGCAGAUGCCAGUAAGUUCAUUCAGGACAAGUACAGCGGCUACAGUCAGAAGGAGGCGGCAUACAUCGCUGGGGCUGUUUACGACAGCUCACUGAUCCUCUCAGCCAGCGUGGGCAUUCUUAUCGAUUAUGUUGGUCUUCGGGGCAUUUUUGCAGUGGCCUGCGCCGUCCUCACUCUACCUGUGUUCGGACUCCUCGCCUUCACAUUCGUCCCUCCUCUCGUCUCCACUAUUUGGCUUGGAAUCACCUACUCAUUUGCUGCUGCAAGCAUGUGGCCAUCCAUCCCUCUGGUGGUUCCUCAGGCGACUCUAGGAACAGCUAUGGGUCUGGCCACCUCCAUACAGAUGAUUGGGAUUGGGGUAUCCAAUCUGGUUGUUGGGCAGAUUUUGGGCACCAAAUCCAGUGAGACUAAAAUCCCGUUGUGGCGUUGGCAGAGGAUGAUGAUCUUCAUGUUGGCCAACACCAUCAGCUGCAUCGUCACCUCAGUGCUGCUGAAUGUCGUCGACCACAGACAGGGCGGGACCCUGAACAAGACGACCAAGAAGUCACAGCCCGCAGAGAGAGACUCAGACAGAGAGCCGCUCAACCAGGGCGAAGAGCAGGAGGAUGAAGAGGAUGAAGAGGGGAACAGAACUCAUUCUAUAAACUCCUGAAGUUCUUCUUUAAGUGUCAACAUUUUUCUACUUUGCCUCUUUUUAUGUUUUUAUGUACUACUUUUUGAAUACCUCAAUCUAACAUAAAUUGUUUGUGGUUACUAAAGCAGAUGGUUGAACUUUUUAUUGAAUCAAAGCAUUCCUGGUUAAGCAGUGUUUGAAACAGUAUUUCAAUGAAUUUUAUUAGAAAGGAACCAGGUUUUUUAGCUGUAUUUUUAUUUUUUAUGUAUAGGAGCUGACAAAUAUUUGAAAAAUCAUAUCACUGCCCAGCUACCAACUGCAAUCCCAUAACAGACUGUUAGAAGUAUACUGAGGCCAAAAAUAAUGUUUGUCAUAUAAAAAAUGCAUGUCACAAAAAUGUAGUGUCUGUGAAGAUAUGAUUACUGUCGUGUGAUUUUUUUAACCCAACCUUAAAGGAGCCUUGAGCUUUUUCCUCUUUGUGUCAUAAUUGGACUUAUCAUCAUGUACUUGAAAAAAGGGAUUUUUUGUGUCACUAAAAUAAAAUGCUGUUUUGACAGCUGA